AUGCCGCAUUCCUCUGACAACAACGAAUUUGAAACAACCCAACAAAUGGCUCUGAUCGAGCCGGCUCAUUGCUUAGCAACCGUCAACACGAUCCCUGAGCCUAAAGAUCACAAACCCCAUAAUCUCAAGCCCCCUGAUCUCACCAGCCCAUCUCAAACCCCCCCUGAUCUCAAGCCCCCUGAUCUCAAAUCCCCCGAUCUCAAGUCCCCUGAUCUCAAAUCCCACAAUCUCAAGCCCCCUGAUCCCAAGCCCCGUGAUCUCAAACCCCCCGAUCUCAAAUCCCCCAAUCUCAAAUCCCCCGAUCUCAACCCCCCUGAUCUCAAGCCCCCUGAUCUCAAAUCCCCAGAUCUCAACCCCCUGAUCUCAAGCCCCCUGAUCUCAAACCCCCUGAUCUCAAAUCCCCCGAUCUCAACCCCCCUGAUCUCAAGCCCCCUGAUCUCAACUCCCCCGAUCCCCCCUGAUCUCAAACCCCCUGAUCUCAAAUCCCCCGAUCUCAACCCCCCUGAUCUCAAGCCCCCUGAUCUCAAAUCCCCCGAUCUCAAGCCCCCUGAUCUCAUAUCCCCCAAUCUCUAA